AUGACAAAUCUAAAAAUACAAAUAUCGGAUUAUGAUUCUUAUCAAGUCAAAGCACUGAAUCUUGAUCAAUUGAAUGCUCAAGUUGGUAGGGUGCCCAUUGUUCGAGUAUAUGGAUCGAUCAAUGUACCCUUAGAAGAACCUGCUAAGGGCCCAGCCCGGCCAUCUUCGUCUAUUUCUUCUUCUGACAAUAAAUCUAGUAAUAGUACGGUAUCCUCAUCGAGCAUACCAUCUGUAAAUUAUAAUAUCAUAGUUCAUGUACAUAACUACUAUCCCUAUUUAUACGUUGAUUGCUUUGAAAAGAACCCAAACUUGCCUAAAAUAAUUGCGACUGUAGAAUCUGCAUUGAAAAAUAGCUUCAGAUCGAGAAAGCGAAAAAGGAAGAACACUAAUGAUGAAGAUGAAGAUGAUGAUAAUGAUGAGGAUGAAAAUGAAGAAGAGGACGGUGCGGAAGAGGAUCAUAAUGAAAAGCCUGGUAAUGACCCUAACUCAAAGAGAUUGUAUGUUGCAAAUGUAGCACUCUGCAAAGCGACUCCAAUGUACGGGUUUAAUCUCGGUUAUAAGCUGGUGUACAAGAUUUCACUACUAUCACCUCUGUAUAAGUCAACUUUGCAGAGACUUCUUGACGAGGAUGCUAUAGUAUUUGGUUCUAUCUCUAGGAACAAGAGAAACAUAUAUGAAGCCCAUAUUCCUUAUUUGCUUCAAUUCUUCGUAGAUUUCAAUCUCUUUGGGUGCAGUUGGAUGGAAAUAUCUUCCAAUUAUUGGAGAUUGCCAAUCUUGAAUUCGAGUUCUGGAUCUGAUCUGCUAAAGUCAUACUUGAGUCAAUAUAUAAAUCAAUCUAAUGUAUUGGACCCUGCAAGCUUUGAACGAACCGGUCAUACAUUGUUAGAAAUUGAUAUUAGAUCAGAAGCUAUAUGCAAUCGGUCUCAGAUCAAAAUUCGAGACAUGCACACUAAACUAGACAGGGUUGAUUUCCACACAUCUGAGAAACACCUUCUAUCCUUGAACAUAUUGGCUAAAGACAUAGAAUAUCAAGCGAAAUUGAGGGGCUCGGAUUUCGGUUUUGGCUCUCAAUUGAAUCGAAAUGAAACGACUGGUUCUGGAGGGACUAAGUGGUCAAACCAACAAGAACUUGAUGAUUUAGUUGACUAUGUAAGUGAUUUAUCUAAAAGUAGAAGCAGAGUGACCUUUCAAUCUAAUAGUUAUCAAGAAUAUAGUGCAAGAUACUUAAAGGAUAACUUGGGGUUGCCAACUGCGUAUGAGCUUAUCGAUAGGGAAAGAGAAACUCUCAAUUACAACGGCGGAAUUUUGUUGAUGAGUAUAGGAAGAGACAUUAAAAAGUGGGAUAUACUUGAAGAAUUGUGGCACUAUAAAGAGAGUUAUAUCGUAAUAGGCGAGAAUGAAGCAUUAACAAAGCUGACGAACCCCUAUAAGCCUCCUACAGUAAUUCCAUCUUCACCUAUAAUUACUAAUUCUGUUUCACCGCAACAUGAAGAGCCUGCGGUUGCUACGAUCGACUCAAAAGAAAUAGAUAUAGAUUUUCACGAAGAUUUCACAAGUUCUGAGGAUGAGUUGGUAAAUCAAUCGUUCAACUAUUCUCAAAUGGAUCAAGAACUCUUAACCCAAAAGACACAUAAAAUAACGAGGGGCCUGACAUCUGAGUUUGGAAAAAGCCAAAACUUGUUGCAUAAUGAAAGGAUUCAGAAAUCAGCAUUUACAUUUUCCCCUAGUACUUACCUAAUACCAACACCUCCUUCGAUACUGAAAGCAAAUAUAAUGAGAGCCUUCGAUGAUUAUGGAAUUUUAAAAAUCGAUUAUCUAGAUCCACAUUAUGAUAAUGAACAUGACAAACCUGCAAAAGCGCUCAUGUUUGCCAAUAGAAAAAUUCCUGUUGCCUACAUAGCAAACGAUUCAAUGCCUUGGUUCAAGUUUUCUGGUGGUAAUGAUGCUAUUUCCAAAUCUAUUAAAACUCAAAUGGAGUCCAAUUUGAAAUCUAAUAUUAUUAAACAGGAACUUUUUAACGUUAGAAAGAAGAUUAAAGUCAAUCCACCAAGUCCUAUAAGAUGGGAAUAUGUACCUGGACCCCCUUCCAAGGAAGCUAUAACAAGUUGGUUAAAUGUCCUUGAACCAAAACAAAUUGAAAAGGAAAGGAAAUUUGUGUCUCAGUUGGAAAGAUUUACCGCUAGUAAUGACUAUAAAUUCUCCUAUAGAAGUGAUAAAAUUGAAAGAAAGCCAGAUGGCUUUAACUUUAUGACCAGUUUCAAUAUGGAAAUUCAUUGUCAAACCACAUCUGAAAAGUUGCCAAAUCCUAUCCAUGACCCGAUAAAUUUAAUAUUCUACUCCUUCUUUAACGCUAACGUUCCGGCUGAUCAGGAUGGAAAUAUUAGCGGUGUGCUAGUGUAUUUGGAUCCAUCGUUGAGCUCUGCUGUUCAUGUUGAAGAGGUACUCCUGAAAUUGUCCAAAGAUUACCUGGUUUCAAUUUUCUAUGAUGAGCAAGCCAUGGUGGGCAAUCUUGUCUCUAAGGUAAGGACUUUAGAUCCCGAUAUUCUUUGUGGGUAUGAAGUUCAUGCCACUUCGUGGGGGUAUGUUAUUGAACGAUUCAGGGAAAUUUAUGAUGUGAAUUUGUGCUUUGAGCUCAGUAGGUCAAUUUUUAAAAGUAAUGGGAAGGUUGGGGACCGGUGGGGUUACACUCAUACUUCCAAUAUUAAAAUUCCAGGUAGACAUAUGUUAAAUAUCUGGAGACUGUUACGCCACGAAUUAAGCUUAACCAAUUACAGUAUUGAGAAUGUUUCCUACCAUUUACUUCAUCAAACUAUACCUAAAUUUCUGAAUUUUCGUCUUUCAACUUGGUUUGGUAAAAAUGGUAACUUGAUCGAACCUGUGCUCAAAUACUAUUUUAAAAAGUUGAGCCUAUCAUUCAAAUUUCUUGAGGUUCAGGAAAUCGUUUUAAGGAAUGCUGAACAAUCAAGAUUGAUCGGAGUUGAUUUCUACUCUAAUUUUUAUAGAGGGUCUCAAUAUAAGGUGGAGUCUAUCUUGACAAGAUUAACGAAAGCUGAAAACCUUAUAUUAAACUCGCCUUCCAAAAUGCAAGUUCAUGAUAUGAGGUCUUUAGAAUGUAUUCCCUUGGUGAUGGAGCCAGAUUCUAACUUUUAUAAAUCACCAUUGGUGGUUUUAGACUUCCAAUCCUUAUAUCCUUCAAUUAUGAUUGCGUAUAAUUAUUGCUACAGCACCCUUUUAGGUAAAUUGAAAGGUUUUGAUCCGAAUAAUAAUGAAGUUGGGUAUUUGAAAGAUAUGAAAUUGACUCCUAACGUGAUAGAGAUCUUGAAGAAGAAUGAUGACUUGAUCUUAUCUCCAAAUGGUUACAUGUUUGUCAAAUCAAGAGUUAGAAAGAGUACACUAGCUAAGAUGUUGGAAGAGAUAUUGGAAGCAAGAAUGAACGUUAAAACUCUAAUGAAGAUGUAUGGGUCAGAAGACCCUGAGCUUCAAAAACUUUACAACUCAAAACAAUUAGCAUUGAAGCUUAUUGCAAACGUGACUUAUGGGUAUACUUCCGCCACUUUCAGUGGUAGAAUGCCGAAUUCUGAUAUUGCUGACGCGAUUGUUGCCACGGGACGGGAACUACUCACUCAAUCAAUUGACUUAAUUGAGCAACGCCAAGAAUGGGGAGCAAAGGUUGUAUAUGGUGAUACAGAUUCUUUGUUUGUCUACCUUCCAGGAAAGACCAAAUUGGAUGCCUUCAAGAUUGGGAAACAAAUUUCUUCUUUCAUCACCAGUCAAUUUCCUAAUCCUGUAAAUUUGAAAUUUGAAAAAGUUUACCAUCCAUGUGUAUUAUUGAGUAAAAAGAGAUAUGUUGGGUACAAGUAUGAGCAUGAGCUGCAAAAAGAUCCUGUAUUUGAUGCCAAGGGAAUUGAAACUAUUCGCCGAGACGGUGUGCCUGCUCAGCAAAUUAUUUUAGAGCGGAGUUUGAGACUUCUCUUUGAUACAAGUAAUUUGUCAAUUAUUAAGCGUUAUGUCUUGGAACAAUUCUACAAGGUAAUAUUGAAUAAAGCAUCGGUUAAAGAUUUCUGCUUUGCUAAGGAAGUUAGGUACGGUACCUACAAGAAUGAAAAAUAUUUACCACCAGGGGCAAUUAUUUCAAAAUUGAAAGUAGAGAGAGAUGCCAGAAGUGAACCCCAGUACAGGGAAAGGGUUCCUUAUUUGGUAAUACGUGACCCAUUGAAAAUUAGGCUAAAAGAUAGGUGUGUUCUGCCAGAGGAUUUUGUGGCUUCCUACAAUCUGAAAACGCCUUAUGUUUUAGAUCAUGAAUAUUAUAUCACGAAAGUGCUAGUUCCGCCAUUAGAAAGAAUAUUCAAUCUUAUCGGAGUUGAUAUAAAAGGUUGGUAUAAAGAAAUACCCCUACAUAUUCGAACUUUCAGUUCUAAGAAGCUAAACAAUGAAAAUACUUUACUUGGGAACUAUAUAAGGUCUCAUUCGUGUGUUAUUUGUGGCGGUGCGUUGGAAAGCUACCAACUAGAAGAUAAGGUAACACGCCUUGAGCAAGGGAUAGAGUUCAUACAUGUAGAAGAUGAGGAGUCUGGACUUGAAGAACUGAAGGAGGAGGAAAAAACACAUGGAUUUGACAAAAGAACGGAAUCUGAGCACUUCUGCAAGAGUUGUUUAGAUAACGAGUUGCAAACAGUAGGCACCUUAUCCAAAACCAUUAAGGAAAACGACAUCAAUUCCGUAAUGACCCUAAAUACGUGUGACUCUUGCUUCAGUGUUAAUUAUGGAACCAUGGGGAGUUUUACGAGAGAUUUCCUGCUUAACUGCGAAAACUUUAAUUGCAAAGUUUAUUUUGAAAGAUUGAAGGUUACACAGCUUAAAUCGAAGGAGAACGAGAAGAACUUUAAAUUAUUAGAGGAGUUGAGAUAA